GUUGCGAUGACCUCAUCCGGGAUGCCGAAGGCUGCCGAACACGACUUGUUCCAAGAUGAAGGUGCAUGCAGUGACUGUGGCAGUCCAGAUAAACCAGGGACCAUUUUACAAAGAUUUGUUCCAUCCGGGAACGUGCUUUUUCCAGACACCUUCCAAACCAAUCAACUUUUGUUCUAUGAGCGGUUCAAAGCCUAUCAGGAUUACAUCUUGGCUGACUGCAAAGCCUCCGAGGUGAGGGAAUUCACAGCUGAAUACUUGGAGAAGGUCCUCGAAACAUCUGGAUGGCAGGCAAUCUGGCGCACUAAUGUGUUCGAAGUGCUGGUUGAGGUCACAAAUGUGGACUUUUCAUCACUGAAGGCAGAGGUGAAACUUAGUGACCCGUAUCUCUGUGAGCCCCGGGUUGCUACUUUUACUUGCGAGUGUAUGAAAGAGCUGUUGGAUCUAAAGGAGCAUCAGUUACCACUGCAAGAGCUGUGGGUAGUGUUUGAUGAUUCAGGAGAGUUUGAUCAGACGGCGCUUGCAAUAGAACACGUCAGGUUUUUCUACCAGAACAUUUGGAGGAGUUGGGAUGAAGAGGAAGAGGACGAAUAUGACUAUUUUGUUAGAUGCGUCGAACCUCGAUUGAGAUUGCAUUAUGACAUUCUUGAAGAUCGGGUUCCCUCAGGACUCAUUGUUGACUACCGUAAUCUUCUAUCUCAGUGUGAAGAGGUCUAUAGGAAGUUUCUAAAUCUGAGGAGCAGUUUGGGCAGCGAUUCUGACUCCGAACUGGAAAACGUCUCCAUGGUAGAAGGGUUGAGGCUGUAUUCUGAGAUCGAACAGCUGAAGCAAAAACUAAAGCUAAUUGAGAACCCCUUGCUGAGAUACGUGUUUGGUUAUCAGAAGCAAACUGGACUCCAAGCAAAAGGAACACGUCCAACAGGCGGAAAGAUCACCCAUGUUGUCUCGACUUCCAUGAUGGUUAGCCUGCUCCAGUCUCUGCUCAGGGAACGGCUCUAUCAGGAGUCUUGUGAAGAAGAAAUAGAAAUCCAGUUCCAUAGUGAUCCACUGUCAGCUAUAAAUGCCUGCUUUGAAGGAGACACCGUCAUCAUUUGCCCUGGUCAUUAUGUGGUAAAUGGCAUGUUCUCCAUUACUGACUCUAUCAAAUUAGAAGGUUAUGGACUACCGGAUGAUAUUGUAAUAGAGAAACGGGGGAAAGGAGACAAUUUUGUAGAUUGUACAGGUGCCAGUAUUAAAAUCUCAAACGUGAAAUUUGUUCAGCAUGAGUCGGUGGAAGGAAUCUUGAGUGUUCACCAUGGCAAAACUACUUUGGAAAACUGUGUGCUACAGUGUGAGACUACAGGAGUUACAGUUCGAACAUCAGCAGAGUUAUUAAUGAAGAACUCGGAUUUAUAUGGGGCUAAGGGUGCUGGUGUUGAAAUAUACCCAGGGAGCGUGUGUACCCUGAGUGACAAUGGAAUACAUCACUGCAAGGAAGGAAUCCUAAUUAAGGACUUUUUAAAUGAGCAUUAUGAUAUGCCCAAAAUAACCAUGGUGAAUAAUGUCAUCCAUAACAAUGAAGGCUACGGCGUGGUCUUGGUGAAACCUACAAUUUUCUCUGACUUGCAGGAGAGUGCUCAAAAUGGAUCUGAAGAAAAUAAAGCAGCGGCUGUUCUGACAAGUGGCCAGACAGAGGCUGUUGGCAAGGGAGUGCAUGAAGAGCUAAGUCUCUAUGUCCUUGGUGAAACAGAGCCCUCUACGAGGCCAGACCCCGCUGAGCAAGAGGAGGGCAACUGUGAGAUUGUCAAUGAACUGGUCGCCGCCUCCAACAAAAAGGGCCAGCUGAAGAAGAAAAGGUUGAGCGAACUGGGGAUCACAGAGGCCGACGAUAACUUGAUGUCCCAGGAGAUGUUCGUUUCUAUUGCGGGGAAUCAGUUCAAAUGGAAUGGGAAGGGCAGCUUCGGGACGUUCCUUUUCUGACUGCUCCAGCUUUGAACAUCGCUACCGUAGCUCCGAUUUGCACACGUGACUAUAUUAACCAUUGCUUUGCUUCAUGCUUGGCAUUUUGACCUUUUUUUUUUCUUUCUUCCUCGAAUUGAAAUUCAAUUCAGGAGUAUUUAUAGGCAUUGCACAUGAACAUUUUCCUUUUGUAGCAAA